UCCCGGCGCGCGCACUCGCAGUCACCGCCACCCACCAGCUCCGGCACCAGCAGCAGCGCCGCCGCCACCGCCCACCUUCUGCCGCCGCCGCCUUCUCCUCCACUGUCCUCUUCUGUCCUCGCCUUCUGUCGACCAUCAGGUGAGCCUUGAACCAGGAUGGCUGAGCCCCGCCAGGAGUUUGACACAGCAGAAGAUCAUGCUGGGGGCUACACCCUGCUGCAUGACCAAGAUGGAGACACGGAACAUGGUCUGAAAGAGUCUCCCCUGCAGACUCCUGCCGAUGACGGAUCUGAGGAACCGGGCUCUGAGACCUCUGAUGCUAAGAGCACUCCGACGGCUGAAGACGUGACCGCACCCUUAGUGGAGGAGAGAAUCCCUGGCGAGCAGGCUGCUGCCCAGGGCCACACGGAGAUCCCAGAAGGAACCACAGCUGAAGAAGCGGGCAUUGGUGACACCCCAAACCUGGAAGACCAAGCUGCAGGACACGUGACUCAAGAGCCUGAGAGAGUCGGGAUGGUCCAGGAAAACCUGCUCAGGGAACUAGAGUGCCAUGAAGGCCAGGUAUCCGAUCCAGAGGUCCCAGGUCUGAGCUUCCAGCACAUAUUGGACCUGCCUGGCACCCACUUCCUGCCUCAAGGCCUCAGAAAGGCCACAUACCCACCUUCAAGGAUGGGACUUGAGGACACAGAGCGAAGCUACCCAAGCUCUGAGCUGCUGGAACACCAGGAGGAGCUGGCUCUGAAGGGGGUCUGGGGCAAAGAGAGGCAGGGUGGCCAGGAAGAGCUGGAUGAAGACCGUGACGUGGAUGAGUCAUCACCCCACAACUCCAUUUCCUCCCAGACCUCACCUGCCCCUGCCGGGCCAUCCCCCGCAGUGGUCUCCAGUGAGGCUACUGGCAUCCUCAGCUGGCCAGCCCAGGGUGCCAUCCCACUCCCUGUUGAUUUCCUCUCCAAAGUUUCUACAGAGACCCCAGCCUUGCAACCCGAUGGGCCCUGCACAGGGCCUACCUCGGAAGGGCCUGAGGCAGUCCCCGAGUUCACGUUCCACGUGGAAAUCAAAGCCAACGUGCAGAAGGAGCAGGCGCAGGCCCACCCGGAUUUGGAAGGGGCUACACUUCUGGGGGCCCCUGGACAGGAGCAAGAGGCCCGGAGCCUCUCUAUGGAAGAGGCCACAAAAGGGGCUGGCCUUCUGGAACCAUCUAAGAAGCAGCCUACAGCUAGCCUGCCAGGGAGACCCGUCAGCCGGGUCCCUCAACUCAAAGCUCGCAUGGUCAGUAAAAGCAAAGAUGGCACUGGAAAUGAUGACAAGAAAGCAAAGACAUCCACACCUUCCUGUGCUAAAACCCUGAACCAUAGGCCCUGCCUUAGCCCCAAACGCCCCACUCCUGGUAGCUCAGACCCUUUGAUCAAACCCUCCAGCCCUGCCGUGUGCCCUGAGCCAGCCACAUCUCCUAAACACGCCUCUCCUGUCACACCCCGAACUGCCAGUUCUGCAUCAAAGGAGAUGAAACUCAAGGGAGCCGAUGGGAAAACUGGAACAAAGAUCGCCACCCCCCGGGGAGCAGCAACUCCAGGCCAGAAAGGCGCAGCCAAUGCUACCAGGAUUCCAGCCAAAACCACGCCCUCCCCAAAGACUCCGCCUGGCACUGGUGAAUCGGCAAAAUCUGGGGAUCGCAGUGGCUACAGCAGCCCCGGCUCCCCAGGGACUCCAGGCAGCCGCUCGCGCACCCCAUCUCUGCCAACUCCACCCACCCGGGAGCCCAAGAAGGUGGCUGUGGUUCGCACUCCCCCAAAGUCGCCAUCUUCCACCAAGAGCCGCCUGCAGACUGCCCCGGUGCCCAUGCCAGACCUGAAGAACGUCAGGUCCAAGAUUGGCUCCACUGAAAACCUGAAGCACCAGCCAGGCGGUGGGAAGGUGCAGAUAAUUAAUAAGAAGCUGGAUCUUAGCAACGUCCAGUCCAAGUGUGGCUCAAAGGACAAUAUCAAACACGUCCCGGGCGGCGGCAGUGUGCAAAUAGUCUACAAACCAGUGGACCUGAGCAAGGUGACCUCCAAAUGUGGCUCAUUAGGCAACAUUCAUCAUAAACCAGGAGGUGGGCAGGUGGAAGUAAAGUCUGAAAAGCUGGAUUUCAAGGACCGAGUCCAGUCGAAGAUCGGCUCUCUGGAUAAUAUCACUCAUGUUCCUGGAGGAGGGAAUAAGAAGAUUGAAACCCACAAGCUGACUUUCCGUGAGAACGCCAAAGCCAAGACAGACCACGGGGCAGAGAUUGUGUACAAGUCUCCUGUGGUGUCCGGGGACACGUCUCCACGGCACCUCAGCAAUGUGUCUUCCACUGGCAGCAUCAACAUGGUAGACUCGCCGCAGCUCGCCACACUGGCCGAUGAAGUGUCUGCCUCCCUGGCCAAGCAGGGUUUGUGAUCAGGCCCCUGGGGCGGUCAGUAAUCGUGGAGAGAAGAGAGAGUGAGAGAGUGUGGAAAAAUAAAUGAAUGAUCUGGCCCCUCGCCCUCUGCCCUCCCCGCUGCUCCGCACAGGGCUCGCCCGCCGGUGUCACCUAACCUGCUUUUGUCGCUCGGUAUUGGGACUUCAAAAUCAGAGAUAGGAAUAAGAGCAAAUUUCAUCUUUCCAAAUAGAUUGGUGGGCUAAUAAUAAAAUAUUUUU